ACUUAUGCGCAUGCGUUUUCUACCUUCCUUCUCUAUUUGUGGUGGUGCCUGCUGUUCCCUCCCCCACCUCGGGUCAGGUAGCCGCUACUGAAUGACAGUAAUCCAGACCGGGUGAGCUGCAGCGGCGGCGGCCCCGAGCGCGGGAGCCCGCCUGGCGGACGGAGUGGUUCCUUCCCCGCUCCGUCUCCUUCGCAGACUUCACACCCAUCUGCACUGUUGAAGGGGAAGCCUGCAAUCUUGGCUGCACUAUACUCUUUCCCAAGUCGGCACCUGUCUCAGGUACCAUCGGCAGCAGCCUCCACUGUGACUGGGUGCAACCUGGAACUGGGGUACUGCUCUCGCACUGAGAUGCUGUGACAAGCUGCAAACCUCUCCAGGAAUGAUUACUCUGUUGCCUUGGAAAUGAAGUGACUACCCUGCUGCUGUAAAUGUAGGGCAGAAGAUCAAUGGUGUGGGCAGUAUGGAGCUAAUGAAUGGGCAGUCGAGCAAUGUUAAUAUUGCCGCUACUGCUUCAGAGAAGAGUAGCAGCUCUGAAUCCUUAAGUGACAAAGGUUCUGCUGAACUGAAGAAAAGCUUUGAUGCAGUGGUAUUCGACGUUCUCAAGGUUACACCAGAAGAAUACGCCGGUCAGAUAACACUAAUGGAUGUCCCAGUAUUUAAAGCUAUUCAGCCAGAGGAAUUGUCAAGUUGUGGGUGGAAUAAGAAAGAGAAGUACAGUUCUGCUCCAAAUGCAGUUGCCUUCACAAGAAGAUUCAACCAUGUAAGCUUCUGGGUCGUUAGAGAGAUUCUUCAUGCACAAACUUUAAAAAUAAGAGCUGAAGUUUUGAGCCACUAUAUUAAAACUGCUAAGAAACUUUAUGAGCUGAAUAACCUGCAUGCCCUUAUGGCAGUGGUGUCUGGAUUGCAAAGUGCCCCCAUCUUCAGGCUGACUAAAACUUGGGCGUUAUUGAGCCGAAAAGACAAAACUACCUUUGAAAAGUUGGAGUAUGUUAUGAGUAAAGAAGAUAAUUACAAACGACUUAGAGACUAUAUUAACAGCUUGAAGAUGACUCCUUGUAUUCCUUAUUUAGGUAUUUAUCUCUCUGACUUGACGUAUAUUGACUCCGCAUACCCAUCUACAGGGAGCAUUCUGGAAAGCGAGCAGAGAUCAAAUUUAAUGAACAACAUACUUAGAAUAAUCUCAGAUUUUCAGCAGUCCUGUGAAUAUGAUAUUCCUCUGUUGCCUCAUGUCCAAAAAUACUUGAACUCAGUUCAAUACAUAGAAGAGCUACAAAAGUUUGUGGAAGAUGACAAUUACAAGCUUUCAUUAAAGAUAGAGCCAGGAACCAGCACCCCUCGUUCUGCUGCUUCCAGAGAAGAUUUAGUAGGCUCUGAAGUGGGAGCAUCUCCACAAAGUGCACGGAAAAAUGUUGCAGCUGAAGGAGCAUUGCUCCCACCAACUCCCCCAUCACCUAGGAACCUGAUACCACAUGGGCAUAGGAAAUGUCACAGCUUGGGAUACAAUUUCAUACACAAAAUGAAUACAGCAGAGUUUAAAAGUGCAACAUUCCCCAACGCAGGACCAAGACACCUAUUGGACGACAGUGUCAUGGAACCUCAUGCCCCAUCCAGAGGGCAAGCAGAGAGCUCCACCCUUUCGAGUGGAAUUUCAAUAGGUAGCAGUGAUGGUUCAGAACUUAGUGAAGAGACUUCAUGGCCAGCAUUUGAAAGGAACAGAUUAUACCAUUCUCUCGGUCCGGUGACAAGAGUGGCACGAAAUGGCUAUCGAGGCCACAUGAAGGCCAGCAGUUCUGCAGAAUCUGAAGAUUUGGCUGUUCAUUUGUAUCCAGGAGCAGUUACUAUUCAAGGUGUUCUCAGGAGGAAGACUUUAUUGAAGGAAGGCAAAAAGCCUACCGUAGCAUCUUGGACAAAAUACUGGGCAGCACUGUGUGGAACCCAGCUUUUUUACUAUGCUGCAAAGUCUCUGAAGGCUACAGAGAGAAAACAUUUCAAAUCUACACCAAGUAAAAAUGUGUCAGUGGUAGGAUGGAUGGUGAUGAUGGCUGAUGACCCAGAACAUCCUGAUCUCUUCUUGCUGACUGAUUCUGAAAAGGGAAAUUCAUACAAGUUUCAAGCUGGUAACAGAAUGAAUGCAAUGCUGUGGUUCAAACAUCUGAGCGCUGCCUGCCAAAGCAACAGACAACAGGUUCCUGCCAACUUGAUGUCUUUUGAGUAAAAAGCUAAUUCAAAACAUGAAAGAGAACAAUUUGAUGAACUGUUUCUCAUAAUUUGAGCAUGACGUCCUGAAGAAAGCGUGCCAGCUAUACAUUUAUUUCUGAGCCAGAACAGAACCUAAAGGCUCAAUCUCUAAACGCUGGAGUACUAACAGUUUGGGGAAUGGAUUCCCUUGAGUGAAAAAUGGAGUUGCAACAUGAACUGCCAUGGACCAUGCUUCUUAAUAUUUUCUGAACUGACCUGUGGAAACCACUGCCUUAAAGAGUGAAAGGAAAACCAACAUGCAACACCAAAUAGUGUGUGUGAAACUUAUGGCGGUGCUGUGCUUGGGUUAAAUAGGUUGUAGCUAAUUUGCAUUUCUUUUAACUUUAUACUAAUUUUGGGGGGGGGGGGAAACCACCUUUUUAGUAUUCUUUAAAAAGGGUAUAACCAUAUUUCUUAAGGGUUGCAUCAACAGCUGGGUUUAGACUAAGGAUAUAGCGGUACUUACACAUUCUAGGGAUGGUGUUUAGACUAUACUAGCAGCCUUCAAUUGGAGCUUCUCUCAGGCUCACUUGAUCUGGAGCAUCAUUAAUUUUCUCAGACCUAGACUAUGAGAGCUGUAACAAAUGCAACAUUUUUUUGUUUUGUUUUGUUUGUUUGUUUUAAGUACUAAACUUGGUAACCUUAGUACUGUAUAGGAACCUUACUUCCUGCCAGUGGCACAAAGGCUGAGUGUGUGUACAGCACACUUUUUCUUGUAAGCAGGAUCGUGAUAC